AUGGCGACCUGUGCUCUUGGCAGCGCCCUGUACAGGCCGGCCACGCAGUUCCGGGCGAGCCCUGCUCCACCCUCGCGUAGGUCGACCGUCCAGGUCCAUGCUCGCGGCACAUGGUACCCAGGUGCCAAGCGCCCCAAGCACCUGGACGGCAGCCUGCCCGGUGACUAUGGAUUCGACCCGCUGAGGCUGGGUGUCAAGCCGGAGCUCCUGGCUUACUAUCGUGAGGGCGAGCUCACGAACGGACGCUGGGCAAUGGCGGCUGUGGCUGGAAUCCUGUUCACAGAGGCAGUCGGUCUGCCCCCCUGGUGGAAGGCGGGGGCGGAGCAGUACCCCAUCGACAACAAGACCCUCAUCCUUGUAGAGAUUGCCACGUUUGCGGUGCUGGAGGGCCUGCGGGCCCGGGGCUGGGAGAAGACCGGCGAGUCCGGCGCAUUUGGGAUGCACCCCUUUGACCCCGCCAAGCUCCUGAGCGACGAGAUGCGCGAGAAGGAGGUCAAGAACGGCAGGCUUGCGAUGGUGGCACUGGUUGGGUUUGCAUCCCAGGCAGCGGUCUGGGGCAAGGGCCCCAUCGAGUCCCUGCAGUACCACCUUGCUGAUCCCGGGCACCACAACAUCUUCACAAGCCCCGUUGGGACCGAGGCCACCGUGGCUGCCAUUGCCCUCGCAAUUGCCCCCAUCGUCGUCGAGGCCAACAAGUCGCUGGGAGAUGACGAGGAGGAGUUCAACCCCAUCCCCUUGUGA